AUGCUGGACACCGAUGCCCCUGCCGACGUUGAUCGUCACCCCAAAGAGGAGCCAACCACACCGCCCAAGUCGCCUCACAGUAAGCAUAUCACGUUAACCACCUACCCCGGUCAGAGUGGCAUCGACCCUGUUCCUCUUCAAUGGGGUGCUCCCGACGCCAAAUCACGCGGGCCCAUUAUCGUGUCGCGGCAUCCGUCGAUGCUGAAACGCCGCAAUGCGAUGGGUGCCCAUGGUGGCAGCUACAGCAUCUACAAUGCGCUGGCCAUCGCCGCGGGUGAUCUUCCGACCGACUUCCGCCCCGACUUCACCAACACGGAGCCCACGUUCAAAUUCCCCUGGCAGCCUUCCUGGGCCGAUCCCACCAAGAUCGUGUCUCUGGACCCCUACGGCCAUGAUAUCGUGGCGCAGUUCAAGGACUAUCUCGAUGCGGGGUGGGACAUUCGGCCCACGAUGGCAGUCACUCGGGCCAACAUGAAACUGGCCGAGAUCGAGAAGGCUGUCAGCGAAGGGAAGCUUGCCGUGGAUGGAAACAUUGUCGUCGACGAGACUGGUGAAGUACGGGUCACCAAAGUGGCCGUCGAGCCGGUCUGGUAUCUGCCAGGCGUCGCGGCCCGGUUUGGUGUCGACGAGGGCACGCUGCGUCGAACGCUGUUUGAGCAGACUGGCGGCAGCUAUCCGGAGUUGAUCACGCGUCCCGAUUUGAAGGUCUUCCUCCCUCCGAUUGGGGGUAUGACGGUGUACAUUUUCGGUCCGCCGGAGCGGGUGUCGGAUGAAAACGUGCGACUGGCGUUGCGCAUUCACGACGAAUGCAACGGCAGUGACGUCUUUCAGUCGGAUAUCUGCACCUGUAGGCCGUACCUGGCGUUCGGUAUUCAGGAGGCUGUCCGAGAGGCGCAGAACGGUGGCAGCGGUGUGGUGAUUUACUUCCGCAAGGAAGGUCGCGCACUGGGCGAGGUGGUCAAGUACCUGGUGUACAACGCUCGCAAGCGUGGUGGAGAUACGGCGGACAAGUACUUUACGAGGACGGAGAACAUUGCCGGAGUUCGAGAUAUGCGAUUCCAAGCGCUCAUGCCCGACAUUCUCCACUGGCUGGGAAUCAAGAAGAUUGACCGCAUGCUGUCCAUGUCGAAUAUGAACAUUCUAUCAGAAAUGAUCCCCAAGGACUCGCGGGUGGAGAUUGACGCCAAGAUCAACGCGGGAUACUUUACGACGGGCAAGCAGUACACGAUGGAGGAGCUGGCCCAGAUCAAGGGACGCGGCUGGGAGAAGUGGGAGGAUGUGACGUCGUUGAUUGAUGCUAUCGGUAUUGGUUAUUAUUAG